AAAAUACAGUAACUGAGGUACAUUUUCCAAGAUGGCGGCGCGGAAGAAAGACGGAGGUGCCGAUAUUAAAUUUUGGGAAUCUGGAGAGACUAUUGCCCAAUUUGAUAACAUUAGAACAUGGCUACAGAAAAACUGCAAAAAGUAUACCCAAAUGGAACCACCCACCAACAAAAGCCUGGCUAGCUUGGUGGCACAGCUUGUGCAAUUCCAGGAAGAUAAUUUUGGCAGGCACGUCAGUAAACCAGCACUGACCAGGUUACCGAUGAAAUGUUUUAUGGAUUUCAAACCUGGUGGUGGUCUAUGCCAUAUUUUAUCUGCUGUGUAUAAAUUUAAAAGUGAUCAAGGAUGGAGACGGUUUGACUUCCAAUCACCAUCCCGUAUGGAUCGUAAUGUUGAGAUGUUUAUGAAUAUUGAAAGAACGCUGGUUCAAAAUAAAUGUUUGUCAAUGCCGAUAGUUUUCCUCAGAUCGGAGAUUGAUGGCAAACUUUUAAACAGGCUAAAAGACAUCGUCACAAGGCAUAGGGGUACAAUCACUGAGGAUGAAGACUGUGCUACUCAUAUUGUAUUUCCACCUCCAUCACAACCUGUAGAAGAGGAUUGGCUUCGUCCAGUUGUACGACGUGAUAGGAAUACAUUAGUACAUUGGUGGUAUUAUCCUGACAGCUAUGACACAUGGGCUCCUAACUCUGAUGUAGAUCAAGAACCAGAAGGCACACCAUCUCACCAAGGAGAGUGGGAGGUGAAUGCUAAAUGGUUACUUGAUUUAGAUGAGUUCAAUGAGUGGAUGAAUGAAGAAGAUUAUGAGAUGCAGGAAGAGGGUGAUGUCAAGAAAGAGUCAGGUCGGGGGAGAAGAAAAGGAUUACGAGCUAAGACAGCUUGUGAUGAGGUUGCUCCAAGUCCUGAAACAGACAGGAGAGAAAAGAAAUCCGCAUCAUCCAAGAAACGAAAGAGAUCUCCAUCCCCAGCUGAUACAAAGAGGAAAAAGAAAAGUGGACGUCCAAGUGCGGCUACCAAGAAGAAACCUGCUAAGGAGGAAGAGCCUGAGGAUUACACAAAAGAUAUGGAUGAUCCACCAGAAACACCAAGUGUAGAAGAAGUAGUUUUACCAAAAGUAUCGAGUAGUUCUCGUUCCAGUAAAGAUAUCGAGACUCAACCUAUCAAAGGAGGAUCAUUAGCUGACUUAGAUGACACAGACCCAAUGGAUGAUAGUGAUUCUAGGAUGAAAUCUGGUCCCGCUACUCCCGCUUCAGAAGAUAAAAGUCAGAAAGUGAACGAGGUUGAUAUUAAGGAAGACAACGUAACUGAACAAACACAUCAUAUUAUUAUACCAAGCUAUGCAGCAUGGUUUGAUUAUAACAGUUUACAUUCCAUUGAAAGAAGAGCAUUACCAGAAUUCUUUAAUACGAAGAACAAAUCGAAAACCCCCGAAGUAUACAUGGCAUAUCGUAAUUUCAUGAUAGAUACUUACCGCUUGAACCCUGCAGAGUAUUUAACAUGUACAGCAUGUAGAAGGAAUUUAGCCGGGGAUGUUUGUGCGAUCAUGAGAGUACAUGCUUUCCUAGAACAGUGGGGUCUUAUUAACUACCAAGUAGAUGGUGAUAAUAAAGUAACUUCAAUGGGACCUCCACCAACGUCACAUUUCACUAUAUUAGCAGAUACACCAUCAGGACUACAACCAUUACAACCAUCUAAAACUAGCCAGCAAUCUGCAGCUCAGCAAGUAAUGCAAUUUAAUGAGCCUAAUAAAGAUGAGAAAACCGGACCUGAUUUGAAUAAUUUUGGUCUUAGAACUGACAUGUAUGCCAGCAAAAAGGCAGCCUUUGUCAAGCAUACAAAUCGUACAAUAACAAGUCGUGAUUGGGCAGAUCAAGAAACAUUACUUUUAUUAGAAGCAUUAGAAAUGUAUAAAGAUGAUUGGAACAAAGUGGCAGAGCAUGUUGGUAGUCGCACACAGGAUGAAUGUAUUUUACAAUUCUUAAGAUUACCCAUAGAAGAUCCAUAUCUUGAAGACGGUCCAGGAGCUCUAGGUCCAUUGGCUUAUCAACCUAUUCCAUUCAGUCAGAGUGGUAAUCCUGUAAUGAGUACUGUUGCGUUCUUAGCAUCUGUUGUGGAUCCGAGAGUAGCAAGUGCCGCUGCUAAAGCUGCAAUUGAGGAGUUUAGUAAAAUGAAAGAUGAGGUUCCAAGUGCUUUGAUAGAUGCGCACAUAAAGAAAGUAGAAACAGAUGUUGCCAGUGGAGUGAUCAGUUCUAAACUAGGGUUGGAUAAUAGCGGUAUUGCCGGUACUGGUCCAGAUGGUGACGCAGGUGUGCAGACCACAUCACAUACUGAGGGUAAAGAGAAAGAUGCAGCAAAAGAUGAAGUCAAGUCAACGGAUAAAGAUGAGAAGACUGCUAAACCUGAAGUUAAAGAAGAACCUAAGGAGAAAGAAGAGACAGAUGAUGAAGCUAUGGAUACGGAGGAAACUAAAUCAGAAAAACCAGAAGAUGAAGAAAAGAAAGUGGAUAAGGAAGAAGAAAGUGAGAAAGGAGACAAAGAAGAAGACAAAAAAGAUGCCAAGGAAGCAGAAGAGAAAGAUGAUAAAUUGAAAGAAGAUGGAGAGAAAGAAAAGGAGAAAGAUAGGGAGAAGGAUGAAGAGGAAAAGAAAAGAGAUGCUGAGAAGCUGUCAAAGAGGGAAUUAGAACUGAAAGAAGGCAAUAUAUCAACUGCUGCUGCAUCAGCACUGGCAGCUGCAGCGGUUAAAGCUAAGCAUUUAGCAGCGGUUGAGGAACGUAAAAUAAAGAGUCUAGUCGCGUUGUUAGUGGAAACACAAAUGAAGAAACUGGAAAUAAAGCUUCGUCAUUUUGAAGAAUUGGAGACAAUCAUGGAUAGAGAAAGGGAAGCACUUGAAUACCAGAGACAGCAGUUAUUAUCUGACAGGCAAGCAUUCCACCAGGAACAGUUGAGAGCAGCAGAAAUGAGAGCACGACAGCAAGCACAAGCCAUGGCUGCUGCUGGUUUACAUCAACAACAACAGACAUCACAACAACCACCACAAGGAGUACAACCAGUACAACCAGCUGUUGUGCAAGCUGUGCAUCCAAGUCAACCAUUGCAACCAACUGUACAACAGGGUCCACAGUCAAACCAAGCACAAAGUACACCACCGCCACCACCGGCCGCGGUACCACAGGAAAAACCUGCAGUUCCAGAACCAGCACCAACAUCAGGUCAACAGACGCCUACAACUGGUCCGGCGACACCGCUAACACCAGCUGGGAAUACUCAAGAAGAAGAACCACAGCAGCAGCAAGGACCAGGUACACCGUCAGUGGGUAGUGGACCAGGUACACCAAACCCGAACCAAGCAGCAACACCAACCCCACCACCUGAUCUACAGACUGGUAGAUCUACACCAAUAAGUGGUAAAAGUACACCAACAUCAAUUGUUAGUCAAGGUAACCAAGGUGAUGCAAGUAUACCAUUCUCCACAUCAAGUGAUGCAGUAUCAUCUCCAGCAGCUCCUUCACCCAAACCAAUGGAAACAAAUUCUUGCUAGUUGUAUGUGCUAUCAUUAUAGAUAGGGGUGUGGGGCUAGUGAUGGGGGUGUGAGUUUCAUUGGAUGACCAUUUUCCUUGCACAAUACUGACAGACUGAUAAUUAUUUAUAAUCUAAACUCUGUUCACAAAUAAUCAUUUUUUGAAUAAAACUGAAUCAUAAUAUGUUACUUGUACUUAUACAAAAAUUUUACUCAAUUGUCCAUAUUAAGGAAAAUAAUUAUUUGUAAAUGAAAUCAUUGGAUUUGAUUGAACAUGAAAUAGCCACUGCUGAAUUUGACCUGCAUACUUUAUGCAUACUCUUAAAUUCUCGUACUAAGCAUGGAAAUCAUAGAUGGUAAUGGUACAACCCGUCAUUACUGUAUUCUUCUAGACCUAUUCAUGAUUUCAUGGUUUUAAUUGCGUUUGUGUGGACAUUGUUUCAAGAAAGUUACUGACUUCUCGUUUUUAAGGGAAAAACCCAGUGAAAGAUGUUCAGUGCUUUUAAUUUCCCUGACUUGCAACAUUUGUCUCGCAAAAUUAAAGCUGUUUACCAUCUAUCGCUGUCAACUAUCAUGUAAAUUAUGGACACUCUGAUAAUGGUGUUAAAUUUGAAGUAAAAAGUAGACAUAUUUAUUGCAUUUUAUACUUAUUUCUUUAGAAAACUUAUGAAUAAUAAAAUCACACUCUUAUGUAUAUUGAUGAUUUUUAUUUGUUUAUUAUUGUUCUGGUGUAUAACUUAGUGAAUAUUGUCCACCUCUGUAAUGCACUGCUUUUGUACAGAUUUAUUUUAUCACAUUUAUCAAAGGAUUUCAAGAAUUUACUACUAAAGUGACUUUUUAAAUGGAUCAUGGCUGCCCAUAUUUUUACCAAAUGUAAACAUGUGGAAUAAGAUGUUAGGAUGUUCAUGUUUCACUGUGAAAUCUUGCGUAAUGUGUGAAAGACGCGAACCAAAUGUCUGCUGUAGAAAUCUAAUGAUUUGAUUUUGAAAUUUAAUUUGUCUCUUUUAUAGUUCAGUGACGAAAUGCUUAUCUUUCAGAGCGGAAUAUGACUUUGUGAUAUUCUUACUUCAUCAAAAUUGUCUAUCAUCAUAUGUGUAUAGCACAUUAUUUAGACGAGUAAAUACCCCCAAAAAUCCAUUAUGUUUGUGAAUCAAAAAUACUUUCACUUUUAUGAAUCCCACACGAUGUUCUGAUGUAACUGUUUAAUUUCAUGCAGGAUCAGGCAGUGAAUGGGAAAAAUGGUCUAUUUGUUUACCAUUGGCAUAUGUUAUAUGAUACAUAAACACUUAUUGGUUAUCACUAAGAUUAUGUUGUCACAAUAUUUCAUGUUUUUUCAAAAAAUUGUAAAAAACAUUCCUCAUACACUUUUAAAAUUGAAUCGUGUCAAAAGAAAGUCCUCUACAAGAUGACACUUUGAGUAGUAAAUUACUUGUAUUUUUGAUGUUUACUUUUCUCAAAAACUGCCCUAAUUUUUUAAGCAUUUAUAGACUUAGAUAUUCAUGUUGAUUAAAACUACCAAUGUAUUGGAAUAAAAGCUGAAAGUGAAUUCUUGG